GUCAAAGCCUUCCUUAGCCGGACGAACCAAAUCUGUGCUCUUUCUGGUUUACAUAACCUAAAAUGCAGAUUACAAUAAGAAUUAUUCUGCUAAUUUAAUUUAAACUUAUUUUGAAUUAGGUAUUGAUAUAAUUUUCAGGUAGAGACAUGAGUAUUGUAAACCAAGAAGCUACGUUAUGUUGCCCGAGCGACAACAUGAAACUUAAAAUACUAGCUAUACAUGGUUACAGACAGAAUGCUGAAACAUUUAAAGCAAAAACAGGUUCAUUUCGUAAAAUGAUACACAAAUGGGCUCAAAUUACAUAUAUUACAGCUCCUCACAGUGUUAUUGUAGUUGAAGAUUCAAAUGAUAUUGGACAAAAAGCUCCCGAUAUUGGGGAAAGUAAAGAUGAAGAACAAUAUGGAUGGUUUUUUAAUAGAGAAGACAAUACGUUUAGGGGCAUAAGGAAAGGUGGGCCAGCAGUAGGUUUUGGGGAUACCAUAAAAUUAAUAGAAGACGUAUUUGAAAAAGAAGGCCCAUUUGAUGGAAUACUUGGCUUCUCACAGGGGGCUUGUUUAACAGGAUUACUCUGUGAUUUACAACAAAGAGGACUUAUAAAUAUUAGAUUCGAUUUUGCAAUCAUGUCUUCCGGUUUUAAAUCAGGAAGUUUACCACAUUUAAAAUAUUAUCUCGAUAGGAUACAUUUACCUUCUUUGCACAUUUUUGGAGAAAAUGAUGAAAUAAUUCCAACAGAAAUGAGUGAAGCUCUAAGCAAUUGUUUUGAAGAACCGGUAAUAGUAAAACAUCCAGGCGGACAUUAUUUACCAGCAGCUGCACCUCAAAAACAUGAAUAUCAGAAGUUUAUUAAGCUUAUGCUCUUACAAAAACAACAUAGAGAACAUCAAAUUGAAAAACAUUAAUGAAUUUAAAAACAAUUUAUAAUUCCAGAUUGGUGUUUUGUUAAAAAAUAUGAACAAUAAAUAGGAUUUUCCAUAAAAUUUAUUUUGCGUAUUAUUUACAAAACUCAUAGAGUUUAGUCAAUGUUUUAUGGUUUUAGUAAUAAUUGUUUCUAUUUCUUUGCCUUCGAUCAUUAAAAUUUCCUCUUCUAUCAUUAUAAUUCUGCCUUCUUCUAUUUGAAUCGUAUCUUUCAUUUCUCUCAGAAUCAUGUCUAUUAUAAGGUUUAUCACGUUGAUUGUCCUCUCUGUAAUUUCUAGGACUUUCAUCUCUAUAAUGAUCCCUGAACUGACCUCUGGAACUGUAACUUUCCCUAGUGUCUUGUCUGCUUUGAAACUGAUUAUGUAGGGGUGCCGAUCCCAAUCUUGAAAGGAUAUCACUUUUCUCAGGAAGCCUAUUUGCUGAAUUGUGUCUUGGUUUAAUCUGUAUACAUUUAUCAUACAUUCUAAUUCCGUUCAAUAAAUGCUGAGCAUAUGUAACCGAUUCUUCGUGUUUGAAAGUAACAAAGGCAAAAUUGGACUUUCUGCCUUCUUUAUCAGUGGGUAUUCUAACUCUUUCUAAAGGAGCAGCUUGUAGAAAAAGUUCAAAUAGCAGUUCUUCUGUUACUUUAUCAGAAAUGUUACCACAGAAAACCGUUCUAGAAUCGUCCAUUUUAUAAUUAUUGGUGAGAUAAAACGAAAUUUAAAAUAUAAAUUUUUCACUUUGUAAUCAAUACAAAAAUCAAACCAUAACAAACUA